CCGACCGAUAACGCCACGCAACAAGAGUUUUUUUUUUAUUUCCAAAUUUUUCUCUCAUCUCGUGGGGGCAAAAAAAGUGGUUUUUUUCACCGAUUCAAUAUGGACUGUGUCCCCUUGCAAUUAAUUACAAAUACAUUUCGUAGUGGAAUUUUUGGAGAAUGUUGAAACCAUGAUGCGAUGUGUGAAGCCGCCGGAUACAAGCGAGACAUCACGAUUGGCACAUCGGUGACGAUUUUUUAAUCGACAGGCAUGGAUAUACAAAAGAAGUUCCUGUGCCCUCGCUUGGUGGAUUACCUCGCCGUAGUGGGGGCCAGGCCUUCGCCGAAUUCUCGCCAGCCUGUGCAGGUACCGGAAUUAUUACGAAGGUACCCGAUCGAAGAUCAUAAAGACUUUCCUUUACCACGUGAUAUGGUUUAUUUUUGUCAACCCGAAUAUUGCAACAGUAUCGGGCCAAAGCGUACGGCAUUGCGAGAAGCCACAUCUUUCACAUUUACUCUCACCGAUAAGGAUUGUGGAAGAACUCGUUAUGGGACUUGUGUGAAUUUUUAUAGACCGGUUGAGAGAACGGGAAAUCAUGGAAAUGCCGGAAGUGCUAUUAGGAGAAACAAACACAACACCAAUUUCCGUAGGGAGAGCUGGAGGAAGAGUAUGGAGAAGAGUUCCGAUUCCGCAUUCUCCAGCGACUAUAGAAGCAGUGUGAUAGGUCCAAGUGAUUCGGAGAAGGAUUGUCCAAGUCGAAGGGAUUCGGAUACGCCUCAUGCUCCCCAUGCUCCUAAAUUAGGCGUAACUGCUCCGAGUGGUGACAGCGAAAGUGGAGGUAGCCAUUCUCCAUCACCUAGGGCGUCUCGAAAGCGUCAGAGGAUGAAGAAUCUUUCGCUGACUUCACUCUGUAUCAUCUCACAUCAUCCAUUUUUCACAAUGUUUCGAGAGUGCCUAUUUGUUUUAAAGAAGCUCAUUGACGCCUGCAACGAAACAACAACUCCCCAUCGAUGUGGAGCAUCACGACAGAGUACCAGAGAAUCCUUAUGGACAGUAUUCACCGGUUUGAGUUUUGAAGGAGCUUCGUCAAUAGUUCUUCACGACAUUCGCGAAAUCGAAACAUGGAUAUUACGUUUACUAAGUGCACCAGUACCGGUCCCGUCGAAAACAAGAGUCGAAGUGGAAAUCCUCUCACCCAGUAUACAACCGCCACUUUGUUUUGCUCUUCCAGAUCACACCAGAUUUUCCCUGGUCGACUUCCCCCUACAUUUACCACUCGAAUUACUUGGUGUUGACAUAUGCCUGAAAGUUAUGUCUCUAAUUUUACUCGAACACAAGAUCGUAUUACAAUCCCGUGACUAUAAUGCCUUAUCAAUGUCUGUAAUGGCAUUCGUCACCAUGAUUUAUCCAUUGGAAUACAUGUUUCCCACAAUUCCUCUGUUACCAACUUGUAUGAGUGACGCUGAACAAUUACUCCUGAGUCCCACACCGUUCGUGAUUGGAAUACCAGCGUCAUUUCUUCUUUAUAAAAAGAAUUUCAAAAUGCCAGGCGAUAUUUGGCUUGUUGACCUAGACAGUAAUAAAAUUACACCACCAACGAGAUACAAUGAUAUUCUACCACCGCUACCGGAACCCGAAGGGACGAUACUGAAAAAUCAUCUGAAACAGGCAAUGCAACUGAUGGACCAAGCUGGCUCUGGUGCCAUGAGUAGCAUGACAGUUCCUCAAAGUCAUCCAUUCACUCCGCAGUCUGGAUCGGCACCGUCUAUUUCAGCCUCGAGUAGAAGGGAGAGCACUGCUUCUUAUCAUUCUACCUUGAGUGUCUCGUCGGCAAAGCAUAGACCAAGUAUGGAUUUAACUACUCCUACUCACAUUAGUCCACUGGGUUCACCGAGUGCAACGAGUCCUCGACGACCAUCAAUGGCAGCAUCGACAGGUUCUAUCGCAUCACCACAACGUCCACAGAAUCAAUCAACAGCUCCUUUCAAUCCCUUCAUCUACGGCAGUGAUGUCGAUUCGGUAGAUAUUGCCACAAGAGUGGCAAUGGUACGUUUCUUCAAUUCACAAAAUCUUCUCGCAAAUUUCACCGAACAUACCCGAACCCUAAGGCUUUAUCCACGACCAGUGGUGGCUUUUCAAAUAAAUUCAUUCCUACGAUCACGACCAAGAGCGAGUCAAUUUUUGAACGAAUUCGCAAGAACUCAGGCUGUUGAAUUCCUUGCCGAAUGGAGUCUAACACCAAACAACGUCGCCUUCUUGAGAGUUCAAACCGGUGUUUUUGAUCCCGCUCAAAUUGGAGACAAGUCCCGAUGGUAUGCAAGUGGACUCGAACCAAUUCACUUCCCGGUUUGGGAUUCAGGAAGUUCGCUAUCAAAUGCCUUGAAGGCGAUGAAGGAACACGAGAGUCAGCCAACUGACGAAAGUGGUUCCGAUUCUGAAGGAGCGGAAAGUACCAGUUCUUCCUAUUCGUCCCUCAGUGAUUUUGUCUCUGAAAUGGUGUCAUCCGAUCUUUCUCCCAUGAAUCAUAUACAUCCAAUGCCUCUUGCCGUGGAUCCAAAGAAUCUUUACAACCCACCGAGUUCCUUACAAUAUCCCGGAGUGGAUGAAGAUUCUCCAGCUCGGCCUGAAAGUCCACCUAGCACAUCAUCGAGCCAUAGUGACUUGAGUAGUCCGAGUUUCAACAGAGACUCUGAAUUCGAAUUGAACCCAAAAGCCGUUGAGGGUUCACAGACAAUGAAAAGCGACAACGAUAAGACGGAGGGCGGUAGCUUUGAAUCAGAUUCAGCGUCAACGACAACGACACUUCGCACAAUCCUGAGCGCACAAAGUACAAUAGGCCAACAUGGAAUUGGCACGGGAUCCUUAGCAACCCCUUCGCACAGUGACUCUGAUCGCCCCACAACUCCCCACAGGACAUUUCGUCUUACUAAAUCUAACAUUCCAGCUCCACCAAUGAGUCCGGGAUUAUCUAGACAACCAAGUGUGGGUAAUGUUUUGGCAAGAACGUCAAGUUUUGGAUCACCAGUUCCAAUUUUACCGAGACAGUCAACAGCGCCUUGUAGCAGUCCUGAGAGUAGUGUUCAAGGUUCUCCAAAGCAUACAUCAAGUCCAGGGAGGCAAGCAAGUGGACCAGUACAACAUCAAAAUAGUUCCGGAAGUACGGGUAAUGGAGUUCUCAGACAGGGAUCUCAGGGAUCACUUUUCGAACAAAUUGCAUCUCAGGCCAAAGGUCUGGUUCGUGAAACAACCAGGCAAAGUAGUCAGGAAGGACUAUUGGCCCACAUGGACAAGUUAAAGCAUCAAGCGAAAGAAAAGAUCGCGGAAGCGGGAGAAGAUAGCUUGUUUGCCCCACUAGAACAGUUAACGCAGCAGACAAAGAAGGCAAUGGGGGAGGCUAGUAAGUCUAUGCAUGAGGCAUCGAAGACUGCUUUAGAGGCAAGCAAGAAUGCAGCUGGGGUUAGUAAGAAUACUUUUGAUGAUCUUACCUACGUUGGAAAGAGUACGAUUGGCGAUUUAACCAAGACGGCUAAGGAGGCAGCUGCAAAGAAGGGUUUACUUAAGGGUCUUGGAGACUCCCAAUCAUCACCAGAGGCUCCGGGACCAGGAAUGAUGCCCCGCAAAGACUCCAAUAGCACACAAUUGGUGGCUCCUGAUUCUCGAAGUGGUCGACGUGAAAUUGGUCGCGAUUUCUUCAGCAACAUCAGCAGCGACUUGAACGGAAUUGCAGCUCAAACUUCCAGCAUGUUUAGCGAUCUAUUCAGUAGUAAAAAUAGUUCUAGUCGCAACAAUAGCUUCCUACCGCAAUCACAAAAAUCCAAAGAAAAGAACCUCUCAUUUGGACCUUUCCCGAAAGGUAAACCUGGCUUGGCAGAACGAUCAUCUUUAAUUAAGCACUCAACUAAUAAAAAUAGUCAGGAAGAGUUGCAGAGAAUGCAAAAUGCCGAAAGAUCGAGUACAAAUAGCAAUAAUCAGACAUUCUUGACUGAUGUUGUAAAUCAAGUUCUGGCGGGAGAAGGUGUGGGUUGGUUGAAACUAAAUCGACUAAAGACUUUAAUGGAGGAUGAGAGUUAUCGGGAUUUUAUUUUGACCAAAUUGAACAAGGGUCUUCACAGAAAAAUAAGUCCAGACGAUCAUAUAGACGACGUGUGUAUUUCAAAAUCGGUUUACAAAGGAAUGUUGAAAUGCUUACAAGCAGUGUCUCAUGGUCUUGGAGUGACUUACAGUAAUUUCGGUUUGGGUGGUAUGGCUUCUGUCUUCCAACUUAUGGAAAUUGCCCACACCCACUAUUGGAGUAAGGAUUUACUGGAAAGUGGUUUUGAUAGUUCCCUAAUGUCGCAGGCUUCUACUCCUUUUGGAAGUAAGGAAAAUCUUCGUUCACCACAAGCUCAGGAUCAAGUGGACAGUGGCGAUAGUCAUCGAUUGCACGAUCCACCGCAGGUUCGAUUGGAGAGACCUCACUCUCAAUCAAGUGGCGAGGAUUCUCAAUCCACUGCUGAUAUGUUCCUAGAAAUGUUUACGAAGAAGGGAAAACUUCUAAGUAGAUUGACUUCGUUUGAUUCAGAGGGUGGUCGAGGUGGCGGAACAGGAAGUAGUGAAGCGUUGUCAACGGACGGAGGAAGUAUAACGACAAAUCCCGCCUUUAGACAGACGCAUCAGGCUUCUUUCCGCAGUACCGUUUCGGACAGUGAGGUUGAGCAAGGGAACUUUCCUCGGCAGAAGCAAAGGACAUCUAGUGUUUGGUCCAGUAAAUCAUCUCUCAGUACGGGUUUUAGAUAUCAUGCAGGAAAUUUGGUACCAACAACGACAACACCAAGUCCAGAAGCAGCAAGAACGUACCUCUUUGAAGGACUCUUAGGCAAAGAACGAGCAUCUCUAUGGGACCAAGUACAAUUUUGGGAGGAUGCUUUUCUUGAUGCUGUUUCUCAAGAGCGGGACAUGAUGGGAAUGGAUCAAGGACCAGGAGAAAUGAUGGAAAGGUACAAGGGCCUCAGUGACAGCGAAAGGAGACGUUUAGAACACGAUGAGGACAGAUUACUGUGUACCUUACUCCACAAUUUAACAGCAAUCCUAGUCAUGUUGAAUGUCGACAAAAAUCAAGUUAAAGGCAAAGUACGAAGACUACUUGGCAAAAGUCAUAUCGGCCUUAUCUAUAGUCAGGAAUUGAAUCAACUUCUCGAUCAGAUAAAUAAUUUGAAUGGAAACGAUAUCGAUCUGAAACCACUAAAUUCCCGACAAAUGCAUCGUCAGUCGUUUACCGUUCACGCGGGAGUCGAUGCCGAGGGUGAUUUACGUUUUUUAGAAGUACGACAUGACGGACUGGUGCUCAGGUCCGUUAAUGGUGUGAUUGUUGAGCGAUGGUGGUACGAGCGUUUAGUCAAUAUGACUUACAGCCCGAAGAAUAAAGUUCUCUGCCUUUGGAGGCGGAACGGAGGGCAAACGCAACUGCACAAGUACUACACAAAAAAGUGCAAGGAUCUCUACUACUGUAUAAAAGACGCAAUGGAGAAGGCCGCGGCAAGAGGUCGUGGCGCCAAUGUCGGUGUCGAAUUAGGCGGCGAAUUUCCAGUCCAAGAUAUGCGAACCGGUGAGGGUGGUCUUCUUCAAGUGUGCAUGGAAGGCGUUGGUCUUCUCUUCGCAAAUAGCAAGGAUUUCGAGUUUUUUGUAAGACUCGAUCAUAUCCGCAAGUGCUUUACUCAGAAGGGUGGGAUCUUCGUUUUGGAAGAAUUCAAUCCUAAAACUAGACAAGUAAUUCAACGUAAAUAUAAGUCGCAAAUGGCAGAUCAAAUCUGCUAUUCGGUCCUGUGUGUCUUCUCCUAUUUGGCGGCUGGCUCCGACAAGAAACAAACGCAAACGCAGUCGCCGCAUAAUCAGCCUAGUGGAACUGGCAGCACUCAAGUUCAAGGGAGAAGAACCUCUUUCGUGGACUCAUUCACCAAACCUCACUGACAAAAAGGCAGGCACUCGCUUCCCUUUGUGCAUGACUAUGACAGUUGUGCUCCAUACGCCUGUCUACCUUGGGUCUAAAAUUAACAAAAUUCCAGUGUCUAGAUUUUUAGGUCCAACGUAUUCUAUAUAUCGAAUUGUUGAUGAAAAGAUAUAUUACAAAAAAAAAAUCUCUAAUGUCAUCUGCGCGUCCGGAGCUUUCAAUUCAAGUCUGUCUGGAGACGGGGGGAUUUUUUUCGGUACUUUGACACAAUAAAUGAUAUUGUUUGGGAAUAUUAGGGUCAUUAGGUACCUAAUGGUACCUAUUAGUACCUAAAGGUACCUAAUGGUACCUAAUAUACCUAUUAGUACCUACUUUAUUAGUACCUAAUGGUACCUAAUAUACCUAUUGGUACCUACUUUAUUAGUACAUAAUGGUACCUAUUAGUACCUUGGGUACCUAUUAGUACCUAAAGGUACCUAAUGGUACCUAAUAUACCUAUUAGUACCUACUUUAUUGGUACCUAUUAGUACCUACUUUAUUGGUACCUAUUAGUACCUUGGGUACCUAUUAGUACCUAAUAUACCUAUUAGUACCUAAUGGUACCUAUUAGUACCUAAAGGUACCUAAUAUACCUAUUAGUACCUACUUUAUUAGUACAUUGGGUACCUAUUAGUACCUAAUAUACCUAUUAGUACCUAAUGGUACCUAUUAGUACCUUGGGUACCAAUUAGUACCUAAUGGUACCUAUUAUACCUAUUAGUACCUAAUAGUACCCAAUAGCUAACAAUGCUAGCUCCGAUCGAAAGUGGGUAGAAAAAUACUUUGCUAGGUGGAGUUUCAUUUCGAACCUCCUGUCUCCAGUCGUCUUGUGUCAACCCCACUUUAUCCUAUUCAUAAUGUUGCACUGAUUUCCCACCAGGAGGCGUUCAAAUCAAUCACCCAAAUUACAAUAAUAAGCGUUGAAGAUGUACUUAUAAAGUAGAAAUUUACUCGGGAAUGGUAAAUUUUCAGUUGUGCACCCUUUGGCUCUAGAAAUUUCGAAAUCGACUGUCCUUUUAAUUUUGAAUUCUCUUCUUGCAUAUUAUUUUAUCCAAAAUACAUCAAGUAACUGCAUAUAUGUUGUCCCUUUGUUUUUGCACACUUUUUUGAAGACCUCAUCAUUUCUAUCACAAUCUUUAUAGUUUGUGGCUAAAAAAUAAAUAUUUGCCACGAACUAUAAUAACGUAAUGGUAGAAAUUCGACGGUUUUCAAAAUACAAAUACCGGAAGGACAGCAUAUAUGCAGUUACCUGUAUCUUUGAUUUUAUAAUUAUUUUACUGUUUUCUGUAAUUUUAUUCAAAAACCAGUUUUUACAAAGAAAUAUUUAAAUGAAAAAUUUGAAAGUUUUUUUAAUCCAAUUUGGGAGGUUAGGUUUCUGUUGAUGGUUUUUGAAAAGUAAUUUUAAAAAUUAAAAAAGCUUUGCGAAAAAGUGCUGAUAUAGUGUCACACUAAGUUUUUUCUUUUCGAUAUUUGGAUAAAAUUAUUUCUUAUUAGUAAAGUAAAUACAAAGUUUUGACGUACAACGAAACAAAAUGAGAAAGAAGCUAGUGUGACAUAGGCACAUUUUCGAAAAAUAAAAAAUGAUUUUAAAUCAGAAAAUCGGAAAUUAAAAAUGUAUCUACAUAACAGAUUCGUUAAAAUACGGUUUAUGUAAAAUUGUAUUUUAAUUUUUUCUAACCUCUAUAUUCUGCUACACAGUACAUAUGAUGGUUUUUAAUAUUGAUGGUCUUCAAUUUAAUUAAUUUAAUUAAUAAAUAUUUUAACAAUAGCGUAAUAUUUAACAAUAUUUUUUUUGAGGUUAGCUUUGCGUUUGCGCAGCUUUCCGAAGGCGCAUGCGUCGAUUCGGACAUGAGAUAAGAAGGGCAACUUCAAAAUCGAGUUUUAGGGGAACAUCGGGAACAUAGUCAGGGUUGGGCCACUUUUUCAACUUUACUUAUAGCAUCUACAAAAAUUUAUAAAAGUAUUUAUUAUUUAAAAAAUAUCGUGUACUGUGUCAAGUGGAAUAUAUAAUUAAAUAUAUUUUUCCAAUAAAAUUAAAAAAACGACGGAAAAAUUUUGAUUUUAGAAAAAAUAUUGUACGCUUCGAACAUGAAUGUAAGACGCUUUAGCGAUUACUAAAUGCUGUGAAAAAUAAAAUUAGUGUCAGGCUUAAAUUAGACAAUAUAUUCCAAACUAUAAAAUCGUAAAGCGUCUAACAUGUUUAUUUAUAAUUUUCACACUGAUGAAAAUAAAUUGACUAAAAGAGAGAACGUAUAAAUUAUUAUAAUUUACUAAAACAUUAAUUUAAAUGUUUAAUAAAUUAAAAAAAUUUCUUAAUUCAAAUAAAUUGUAAAUUAAAAAAAAUAAACAAAAAAGUGAAAAACAAUUUUAAAAAUUCAAAUUUAGAAAAAUUCAAAUCUUUUGAAACAAAAAUUUUCUUUAAAUAUAAAAAUGGGUAAAAAUGAUAAUUAUUUGACUGUAAAAUAUUAACAAAGCAAUUUGAACGGAAGCGAAAAAUAUCAAUUGAAAAUUAUAUUUAUAGGCUGUUUUAGUAAACUAUUUGAUGAAAGAUUUAGUAAUAUAAUUAUAUUUAAUUAUAAUUAAUUAAAAUUAAACACUAUUGUGUUUUUAAGUAAAUUUUAAACUUUAAGUAAACUCUUUAGUGAAAUUAUUAUUAAAAUGUUAUUCUAAAAUUAGAAAAAGGAAUCGUCUCUAUAUGGUAUAGAAUAAAUGGAAAUGGUAAAAGAAAAGGGUGAUAUAAUUAAGAAAUAAAUAUCUAAAAGACAAUACUAAGAUGAGUCAAAUAACAUUUAAAAAAAGGCUUCUAUUUUGUUCGAUGUCGUGAGCAAGAAGUGUUUGAAGAGAAGAUAUCACUUUACGUAUAUUCUAGUCCUUAGUAAUUUUUUUCAAAAAAAAAAAACAAAAUUCUCAACAAAUACCAUGUAUUUCUAGUAUUAGCAACUUUUUUUUAUCAUGACGAACAUAUUUUUUUUUUCAAAUAUCAUCGAAUUCUGUAAUUUUUUUCCAAAAAAAUUUGUUUGGUUAGUUUUUGAUUUUUUCUAUAAAAAGAAAAUAUAUAAUAGACAAAUUCUUUCGUAAGGAAUAUGUAAACUAAUUUAUUAGUUUUAAUGAAACAUAUUUACUUUUUCAAAUAAGUAAAAAGAAUUUUUUUGAUUUUCAUCAUUAUCAGGAUGAGACAAAGUAUUAUUUAUUGUACAGAAUGUACAUAAAGUUAGUUUAAUAAAGCAGAUUGAGGACUAAAGAGUAUUGUUUCACCUGCUUAAUGGAUGUAAAAAAAUUUUUAAUAGUAAAUAGGAGAAAUUGAAAUAAUUUAUUGUAACAUAAAAUGUUCAAUGCACUGAGAGGAAAAUUCAUUUAAAAUUCAUUUUAUUAAUUUUAAAAAAAUUUAAAGUUUCUGAACCUUAUUUUAAAAUAAUUUUUUGUAUAAUUACAGUAUUGAAAAUUGAUGUCUUUGAAGAAAUGACUUUAUAAGAAAGUGGAAAUUAUUGCAAUGGAUAUUAAUAAUUCUUUACAAAUUUUAAAAUAAUUUUUUUAGUUGAUGUUUGUUUGAAGUUUUAAAAGUUUAUUUAUUUUAUAUUUUAAAGAAUAUUUAUUCUCAGUGUAAGUGAAAGUCAGUUUAGUUUGUAAAGCGACACAUUUGUAUAAAUAGAGCCAUUUGUAUAUAUGUACAUCUUGUUGCGUUUUGAAAAUUCUGUAAGUUUCUUUCUAAAAGAAAUUCAUAUCCCAUAACUUCAAUGGAAAUCCGAAAAUGUUUAUCAUACUUCUAAGCGACAUUGGAACAAAUAUGGAAAUUAAUAAAAAGCACUUGAACUCCA